AUGUUACUGAGCGGAGCUCCUCCCGCGGGCUCGGGCCCCGGGCCGCGGGGAGCGCAGGGGGGUGCGGGGGGCGGCCCAGGGGGGGCCCGCCGGGGCGCUGGGGGCGCGGGGGCCGGCCCUGGGGGGAGCGGCGGCGGUGGUGGCGGGGGUGUGGCCAAGUGGCUCCGGGAGCACCUAGGUUUCCGCGGGGGGAGCGGCGGCGGCGGGGGUACCAAGCCCGCACCCCCAGAGCCCGACUACCGGCCCCCUGCGCCCGCUCCAGCCUCUCCCCCCGCUCCACCCCCCGACAUCCUGGCCGCCUACCGACUGCAGCGUGAGCGCGACUUCGAAGACCCCUACUCCGGGGGGCCGUCGGGCCCCGCCACCCCCGCAGCCCCAGCCGCCCCCGGCCCCACGCCACCUCCGCGCCACGGCUCGCCCCCACACCGCCUGAUCCGGGUCGAGACCCCCGGUCCCCCGGCGCCUCCAGCGGAGGAGAGACUCCCGGCUGGUGGGGACAGGCUGGCAAUCCUAGAGGAUUAUGCUGACCCUUUCGAUGCUCAAGAAACAGGUGAAGGCACAGUGGUGCCAGCAGGACCACCAGAGAAGAUACCAGAGAAUGAUGGCUACAUGGAGCCCUAUGAAGCUCAGAAGAUGAUGGCUGAGAUACGAGGCUCCAAGGAAGCAACUGCCAAGCCCCUACCCCUUUAUGACACACCCUAUGAACCAGCAGAGGAAGGGCUCACCCCCGAAGGUGAGGGGACUGGUCGGCCCCGGGAGUCCCGUCUACCUGAGGAUGAUGAGAGACCCCCUGAGGAGUAUGACCAGCCCUGGGAGUGGAAAAAGGAGAGAAUCUCCAAGGCCUUCGCCGCCCAGUUUGAAGGGUCCGAGAACUGCUUGUCACCUAGCAGGGAAGAGAAGGGUCGGCCUCUUCCUCGUCUUCCUGGAGGAAACGCUAAGGCAUUGAAGCCCCUGAGCAUUGAGCCCAGCAGCCCCCUGGGGGAGUGGACAGACCCAGCCCUACCUCUGGAAAACCAGGUUUGGUACCAUGGGGCCAUCAGUCGAACGGAUGCCGAGAACCUGCUGAGGCUAUGCAAGGAAGCCAGCUAUUUGGUUCGAAACAGUGAGACCAGCAAGAAUGACUUCUCCCUGUCCCUCAAGAGCAGCCAGGGCUUCAUGCACAUGAAACUGUCUCGGACCAAGGAGCACAAGUACGUACUGGGCCAGAACAGCCCGCCCUUCAGCAGCGUCCCAGAGAUCGUACACCACUACGCCAGCCGGAAGCUGCCCAUCAAGGGGGCCGAGCACAUGUCUCUGCUCUACCCUGUAGCCAUUCGAACUCUGUAGGGCCAGAGGAUCAGCAGCCAUCACAGACCCAGGGCUGAAAAGUAGCCCCCACCUAGGAUUCUCUUUCAGUCCCUCUGGCCCUCCUCCAACCAGCUGUUGAACUAUAGCUUCUUCUUGGGAGAGAACCUAGCCAGAACCUAGGCUGCCCCUAGGGACCCCUCUCUCUUCCCCUUGUCCCCCUCCCAUUCCAUUUUCCCCCAGAGGCUGAGACGAAAGCUUCUUUAAUUUAUUCUAAAAGGGAAAGUCAAUCGGGUUUUGCGGGUAGGGGUGAUGCCCCGAGAGAAGAGAAAAUGCCUUGGGGCAAUGAGUAGUUGGGGGUAGGGAAUCCUUCCCUUUCUAAGGUCCUCUGGAGCUGGAAGCGCUUCCACCUCCUGCUGCUAGGAUAGUUUUGGCCUCACAGGCAAUCAGGGGUCACUGGGCCUCCGUGGCACCCUCAUAAGGUUUCAGGAGGUCCAGGAUGCACGACUACACGACCUUCUCUAAGACUGGAACCUGAAUGGCGAAGAGGGCCUCAGACCUCAGCCCUGGCGCCUGCAGAAGCUCCCAGGCGCUUGGGGGUCUGUUGGGGGAUGGGCAUGGAGCAGGCUUUCUGACUAUUAAGUGGCCAUCGCAUUCUGUCUUAACUCAACCUCCCACAACACUCAUCUCCAUCCUCAAACUAAAGAGGUCCCUUGCCAAGUCUCUGAGGUGAAGGGGAGAAAAAAAGAGGCAGAAAUUAAGAAGAUGGUAUUUGGUGAUGCCUGGCCUUGGGGACCGGGGAAAUGGGGAGGAUUUGAGGGGGGACUGAGGGAGCCAGUUCUGCGGGUUGUCCUCCCUGGCUCAGCGCCAGCAUUAUUAACCCCCCACCCCACCCCGGCAUCGCGCCUGUCCGCACCACCCCCCCAGGAUGAGGACUUUGGGGGAGAAGAAAUGCUACGGCGCUGGGGGUGGGAGGGGAUCCGCAAGCAGCGAAGCGCAAACAGAUUCUGUUGAUAAAUCAGUAUCGGAGCCGACACUGAACGGCUGUGAAAAGCA